CAUGCAACACGAUUGGAGUAUGAAAAUGGAAUUAGGAGAUAGAUACUACGACUGGAAUACAUUUGAUAAUCUAAGAAAAGAACUUGAAUCAACGGAAAGGAUGUCAUUCUUUCUCUUUUGUAAAAUUACUAGACAUAUGAAACAAUCCGACAAACUUAUCGAUAAAGCUCUCUUCGAUAUCGAUAGAUGCCAAAAAGGACACGAACAAGAUAGGAUCUUUCACUUUGUAAGGAAAGUAGUCGACGCCUUUAACUAUUUGGGACAUGAACUUCAUACAAGACUUUCUUUAACGAUAGGGGUAAGAACAACGUUUGUUUCCUCUCAAAAUCCCGCCAUAGACCAUCAAUUGAGUAGAGAAACUGCCGAAAAACAAUAUUUCUCGCCUUCAACUCUUGCUUUUAACUAUAUCAGUUCUCUUUCUCUCUCUAUCAUUGCUUUUUUUUCAAGUCAAAAUAUGUCUCUAUGA